GCCCCAGCUGGGGUUGGAGGGACCGAGAGGGGACUAGGAGAGAAGAAGGAUGGAGGGGACAGGAGUUGGCUGGGAGAAGCAUAAUGGGGAGGGGGCCCAGAGAGUGCGCUGAAUGGGUGGAUUUGUGAUUGGCAUUGAGCCAAAGGGGUGGAGGUUGAGGGAGGAGCAGAAAGGAAAGGGGGCUGACGGAAUCUGGUGGGAUGGGGCCGGGGCCGGGGCCGGGGCCAGGGCCAGGGACUGACCCCACGGAGAUGAGGAAGGGAUGAGGCUGGGUCUGGGGCUGACUGACCCAAAGGGAUGAGACCAAGGGAGGGGUGAAAUGUUGGGGGGUGGGGAUGGGAAUGGGGGAGAAUUGUCAGCAUCGUAAGAGGAUUGGGAAGGCAAAUUAGAGGGGAGGCGCUGGCCAGCGGAGAAGGUCCGAGCCCUCGCCCCUGGUUUGGGGCACAGGGGGAGGGGGCCGUGUCCAUAUAAGGAGGGUCAGCGGCCCCAGCUCUCUCCGAGAGCUCGGGCAGGCCGCCGCAUUCUCAUGCCUGGGCGCAGCGACAUGGAGCCGCCCGCUGCUUUCUCGGGCUUCCCGGCCCCGCCCUCGGUCGCGCCGUCGGGGCCGCCGCCGUCGCCGCUUGCCGGAGCCGAGCCCGGGCCGGAGCCCGAGGAGGCGACCGCGGGCCGCGGGGAGCCGGAACCUGCGCCAGCGCCGGGCCCGGGCCGCCGCCGCCGCCGGCCCUUGCAGCGAGGGAAGCCGCCCUACUCGUACAUCGCGCUUAUCGCCAUGGCGCUGGCUCACGCCCCGGGCCGCCGCCUCACGCUGGCCGCCAUCUACCGUUUCAUCACCGAGCGCUUCGCCUUCUACCGCGACAGCCCGCGCAAGUGGCAGAACAGCAUCCGCCACAACCUCACGCUCAACGACUGCUUCGUCAAGGUGCCCCGCGAGCCGGGCAACCCGGGCAAGGGCAACUACUGGACGCUCGACCCGGCGGCUGCCGACAUGUUCGACAACGGCAGCUUCCUGCGGCGCCGCAAGCGGUUCAAGCGCGCCGAGAUGCCCGCGCUCCCUGCCGCGCCGCCCGCCCCCGCCGCCGGUCCGCCGCCCUUCCCCUACGCGCCCUACGCGCCCGGCCCCGCGCUGCUCGCGCCGCCUCCUCCCGCCGCUCCGGGCUCCACGCCGCCCGCGCGCCUCUUCAGCGUCGACAGCCUGGUGAGCCUGCCGCCCGAGCUGGCGGGGCUGGGCGCCCCCGAGCCGCCCUGCUGCGCUGCGCCCGACGCCGCCUUCCCGCCCUGCGCGGCAGCCGCCUCCCCGCCUCUCUACUCGCCGCCGCCCGACCGCCUGGGGCUGCCCCCGACGCGUCCUGGCCCCGGACCGUUGCCCGCAGAGCCGCUGCUGGCCCUGGCAGGGCCGGCGGCCGCGCUCGGCCCGCUCGGCCCGGGGGAGGCCUACCUGCGGCCGCCGGGCUACGCGCCGGGGCUGGAGCGCUACCUGUGA